UUCAGUCAUUACUGUUUUUAGAGGUGUCCUGGGCAGAUGGAUUUAACCAUUUAGUGAGAUGCAGAACGUAUUCGAUAGUGGAAAAGUGCCAUAUGAGGCUGCUCCUAUCCCAAAGAGGAGAUCGUUUGACGAAUCUAUAAUGUUCUAUUUGUUGGUGGUUAAGGAUGUUUUAAUUGUGCUUCUAAUUGCUAUUCCUAUGUUGGUGCUCAAGUUGAUAACAAAUCUUCUGCCAGGAAGUGAUAAAAAUGUGGCUGGACAAUUAGCCCUAGUAACUGGGGGAGGGAAUGGGAUUGGUAGGGAAAUAGCGUUAGAAUUAGCCAGGAAAAAAUGCAAUAUAGCCAUUGCUGAUGUGGAUUGUGAAGCUGGUGAGAAUACAGUGAAGGAAUGUGUAUCCUUUGGAGUUAAAGCAAAGUUCUUCGAGGCAGAUGUUGGUGAUAGCGAUGAAGUGAUAUCGCUUCGAGGGAGAAUAGAAAAAGAAAUGGGUUUUGUGGAUAUAUUGGUGAAUAAUGCGGGUCUAAUGCCACUUCUAUCGAUGAGAGAAGGCACAGCACCUGAAAUCGAAAGGAUAGUUCAUACGAAUUUUUUUUCAAACAUUUGGACUUGCCGAGUUUUUGUUGGUGGAAUGAUUGAGAGGAAGAAAGGUCACAUUGUCUGUAUUGCGUCAGCAUCAUCAAUCCAUGUGAUGCCACGAGCUUCGAUUUAUACUGCCACAAAGUGUGGAAUUGCAGGACUUAUGGGUGCAUUUGAAGAAGAAUUGCGAGGUGAAGGAUAUGGGUUCAUCAAAUUCACUACAGUUUAUCCUUAUUUUGUUUCAACAAGAAAGGAUCUCAUAGAAGCCCUCAAUCUGCGAUUUCCUGCGAUAACAGCAAAAGAAACUGCAAGUGCUACUGUCCAAGCAUUACUGAGGAACCAGAAAGAUGUAGCAGUUCCGUCUUAUCUAUUCUUCCUCUCAAAAUUUUCCAAAUUUUUCACAGCUGAAGUUCAACAGUUGAUCCGUGAUAGGAUAUUCAGAGAGCGUUACUGUCUUAUGACACCCUACAAGGGAUAUAAUUGAGCUUGUUUAUCCGUUUAAUAAAUUAAUGGUGUCCCAGAAGAA